AUGUGGCCACUAAUCCAUAACAAUCUAAUAUCUUUGCAAUAUGUUUUCAGUAACGGCCAAGAAUGGUGGAGACUAAGGAGUACAUUUCAAAAGAAUUUCACUAGUCCAAAGAGUGUUAAAAGUCACGUAGAAAGUACUGACACAGUGAUAAGAGAAUUUAUUAAUUGGAUAAAAGAAACAAACAUAUCACACAAUCAAGAUUUUUUGCCUUUUUUGAAUAGGUUGAACUUAGAAGUCAUUGGUAUUGUAGCAUUCAACGAGCGUUUUCAAAGUUUUUCUCCAGAUGAACAAGGUCCAUCUUCGAGAAGUAGCAAAACUAUUGAUGCUGCUUUUGGUUCUAACUGUGGAAUUAUGAAACUCGACAAAGGAUUUAUGUGGAAAAUCUUCCAAACUCCUGUUUAUAAAAGACUUGCUGAUUCUCAGACGUAUUUAGAAAAAGUAUCUACAGACAUCUUAUACAACCGAAUUCAUUAUUUUAAAGAACCUGAUGACGACGAUAUUUCUUUGUUGGGAUCAUUUCUGAAGCAACCCAAUUUGGAUUUAAAAGACAUCAUUGGAAUGAUGGUUGAUAUUCUCAUGGCUGCUAUAGACACGACAGUAAUUGUAACUCAAAACUUUGUGGCCUCUCGGAUGCCACAUUGA